AAAAUCUAUCGACUAUCGAGAUAGGUAAUCUAUUAUAGCCGCUAUUAUUGUUUCUCGCCGAAUAAUAAUUAAUAUUUUUUCAUUAAAACGUAUCCGUUUUUAAUACCUGAGCCGAUGAUAACUAUAAUUCUGACCUAAAUACACAUGUUGUACAAAUGGACGUGUUGUAAUGUUUUAGCGACUACAAUAGUCUCGUUCGACGUGUUACGGCCAGUAGGUAUUGUGUUCGCGAUGAUAACGGUUGGCCGAAAAUCGCGCAGAAAUCCGUUGGUAUUUAUGGCUUGUUCACCAUCGACUCAUGACGAUUCAAUAUUGAUAAUAUUGUAGUUAAUAGAUGCUACAACCGUGUUAUUCGUCUGUUUGUCGUAUCGUUUUAAGUGAACAGUGAUGAUAAAUUGAUAACGGAUGUAGUACGGUAGCUGGGAUCCGUACGUGUAAAUCGGAUUUCUGCAAUACGUUUUGAAAAUAAUAGUCACGCGACUGACAUGUAAUAAUAAAAUAUAAUAUUCGACCUCGGCCAGUGUUUUGACACGCCAGACGGAGAAUGGGCGGGCGCAUGCCGGCACUGAAGUUAUCGAUCGAUAGAUCCAUCAUAAUUACUGUAAAAAUAACAAAAUAAUUUCUUACGAUGUGUACGGGUCGAGAAUACGACGGGCGCCGCUCUUGUUCAAGAAUUGCACGUACGUCCGAUCGGCUACCGCUGUUGUCAGACAAAUAAUUACACACACGUGUUGCAUAUUAUUUAUCUCAGUCUGUAACCGAUGGUUGUCCGACCUGAACAAUUUACGAUGAGGAGUCUAGUUCGAGUCGCGUUUAUCCUGAUCGCAUGCAGUGCGUCCCAGGCAUGUGCAAGUUUUUCGUUCAACACCAAGGAUUUGGUACUGUUGGUGAAUGACUCAACAACACUCACAUUGACCUUAACGGACAAAGUACCAGUAAAUACCACAUUAAUCCUCAGCACUAAUCAUAAAGAUUUACUAACAACAAAUAUUACUAAAAUAGAAGUCAACAAUUCUACAAGUUCAAAUACAUGGCCAGUUGAGUUGUUUGGUCAUAAUGCCGGCCAUGAUUUAUUAAAAGUUGAUGCCUAUCCUCCAUCUAUAAAAUCCAGUGAUGCUUUUGUAAGAGUUACUCUGCAAUAUUCAAACGAAUUAGCUUUAGUCAGCGUUGUUGUUGGAUGGAUUUAUUUUGUUGCAUGGUCAAUAUCAUUCUAUCCUCAGAUGUAUGAAAACUGGACACGUAAAAGUGUUGUAGGUUUAAAUUUUGAUUUCAUUGUAUUGAACUUGGUUGGAUUUAUUUUGUAUUCAAUGUUCAAUGUUGGCCUAUGGAUACCUGAAAUAGAAAAAGAUUACAUUGCCCGAAAUCCUCGGGGACUAAAUCCAGUUCAAUUAAAUGACAUAUUCUUUUCUAUUCAUGCUGUAUUUGCUACUUUAAUAACUGUGACCCAAUGUUAUUUCUAUGAGAAAGGUGAUCAACAAGUUUCUCGGACAGCCAAAUCAAUCAUGUCCUUCUACGCAUUAAUAAUAGCUAUAUCAUUAGUUCUUGUAUAUUUACAAAAGAUAGUAUGGCUGGACUUCCUUUAUUAUUGCUCAUAUAUUAAGUUGACCAUAACACUCAUCAAAUACAUUCCACAAGCAGUAAUGAAUUACAAACGUAAAAGUACGAUUGGUUGGAGUAUUGGCAACAUAUUCUUAGAUUUUACAGGAGGACUACUUAGUAUAUUGCAGAUGAUUAUCAACGCAUACAACUACAACGAUUGGGCCUCAGUAUUUGGUGAUCCGACCAAAUUUGGUUUGGGUUUGCUUUCAGUGAUUUUUGACAUACUGUUCUUCUUACAACAUUAUGUAUUCUACAGUGGAGUUAACUAUGCAGAAUUUGAAAAUGUUAAUGUGGUAGAAGUGGAGGAUGAGGUUACUAAUUCAGAAGAGCACCCUAAACCAACUGAUUAAUCAGAUGAUCAGAUUUGUUAAAAACAAAAUUAUUAUUUUUAAUGGUAGAUUUUAUUUGAUCUAAGUUAUUAGUUUGAUUAUGCUAAACAUCAUAAUUUCACAUAGGUACAUACAAAGAAGACUGAACAUAUUACCUACUUAACACCAAAGUUAUUUUAAGAUUAAUUAAUUAGUAUUAUUUUAUUUUUUUUUUUACUAUAUUUAUUCUUUGUCUUAUAUUUAUAUUUUAAUAACUAAUUUAUACACAAAUGUGAAACACCAUUUUUUGUAGGAAAACAUAUUUUUUUUAGAUUGGAACCUUUGUUGGUAGAGAUUAAUGGAGCUUGGUGGGGUUUGGCUAUUUUCAAAACCAUCCCUACAUGCCACCUAAUUCCUGCCUAUAUAAAUGCAAUAACUAAUAUAUUAUUAUGUAUUAUAUAAUAUGCUGUGAUGAGUCUAGUAAUUAAAUCUCAAAUCACUGAAGAGUA